AUGGAAGAGCUGGAGGGCGGAGCGGACGAAGGGGCGUUAGUAGGGGAUGGAGGGAGCGAGCCCACAUGCGACCGCGUGGAGCGAACUCUCCGUCUCGAGGACGGGGCCGCUUUGCUUAGCCAUGUAAGAAGGCUCACCAGUUUUCUCUCGUGGAUUGUAAAGCAUUCGGAAAAUGUGAAGCACACUGGUCAGCCCGCCACGACGGUAUGUGCUACCGCCAUUCGGGAACGCAUCCAAGAGUGGGGUGGGCAGACGCACAGUAACCAAUGA